GUCCGCAUUGCCAUUGGUAAUUCCCAUUCAAUCAAUAAGUUUUUAGACACGGUUUCACAGCUUCUGGGACUUGCUUCAAAAUGCGACGUAACAUAAUGCUUUGCCUUUUUGGGCUUUCUCUUGUCCAUUUCGUUGGAGGAUUUAGUCUUUUGGACCGAAAAACUUCGUUUGUACAGUUUGAGCCCCUGCAGCAAAACGCAGAUGGCAAUAUUGCUGUUGGUUUUCGCUGUAAGACCUAUGUGAAAGCUGGUUUGCUGUUCUACGCUGAUGACGAAGGCCAUAGCGAAUAUUUGACCUUAUUUCUCAGAGAUGGAGUUUUGGUUUUGGAGUUGAGCGACGGAAAAGGAAAGGUUUUUACAGCUGACUCUAAAGUCAUGAUAAACGAUAUGAAAUGGCAUAGAAUCGAAGUUCGGCUGAGUUCGUAUCACGCUGUGUACCGAUUGGAUAACAAAACGCAGGCACAGUUUAACAUCACAAAAUUACAGCUAAAAAGUAGUGUGUUUAUUGGCGGUUUUCCUAAAAAUAUUGACCAAUUCAUCGUGUCACAUCUUCAACUAUACUUUCAGUUUCAUUCGCUGCGUUUUUUGGGCUGCAUCGAGGAUCUUCAGCUUGGAAACUCCACAGCACAAAAUCGCGUGUUAAGUUCGUCUGGUAUGAGUCAAGAAUGCGGGGACGCCUGUAAACCAGAGAAUCCUUGUAAAAAUAAUGGUGUUUGUAUUAAUAAGUUUGCAACGGCUGAAUGUUUAUGUGCUCAAACGGGAUAUUAUGGAGACACUUGCGGCGAAGAAUUGCCCAUCAUCGGUAUAUCAUCGGCCGACCAUCGGGUAACCUUCGACGUUCUGUCUUCGGCUAUCGUAAACCGACCAUUAACAACUUCAAUAUUAGUCCGCGUUCGUUCCAGUCAACCAGACGGGGUAUUUUUUUACACGGCCCACGCCGGGGACUAUGUACUACUCGAGUUGACUAAUGGCAGAAUAGCUGCUACAGUGAACUUAGGUUCUGGAAGUGUCACCAUAGCGACGAAGAAAAACUCGUAUUUUGACAACCAAUGGCAUCGCGUGGAAUUAAAACGAGAGAGGCGAUUGGUUAAUCUGACCGUGGAUAACUUGGAUACCACGAAAGGCAAAACACGAGGUGUUUACGAUAAGUUUAAUUUAGCAAGCAAGAAAACAAGUUUUGUUUUGGGGGGAAUAGCGAAAGAUUUUAGAGUUAGGUUGAAAUCUGUGAGCGGAAGAAAUUUUACUGGUUGCCUCCAGGACCUUAGGUUUAACAAUUAUGACUUGUUUGGGGAGUUUAACAAGAGCGCUAAAGAAAUUGUAUCUCACGGAGAAAUAAUAAGAUCUUGUCCAAAAACCCCAACAACAGCGACUCCUAACAUUACGACAACUGUUCAGAGCUUGUCACACAAGACUGACAAGAGUACUUUAAAAUCAACCAAACCAUUGGACGUUUCUUCACUUUCUUUAAUAACAACUUCAGAAACUACAACCGUCACAUCAUCACGGUCGUCCCGUUUCCAAUCUGAAGCACUGAAAACUACCAACUCCAGUCCAACCACCUGGAAAUUACGCGUUUCGACUGAUGACCAAUCACGGACAAGCCUGAUGAAGACUACGCAGUCAUUGGUUAGCUCGAGACACUCAACUGAUACUAUUCCAACCAGCCAACAUUUUUCAACAAAGAAAGUUGAAGCAGCCACAAAGAAAACGGUUCUAACCACUAGAAAAAUGACUGAAGAAAAUAUCCUUUUUGAUACAACGGGAGGAGUUAAGGUUGCGAAGAGAAAUGAAAGAGAUGAAGGCGACUUGACAAUGUAUUUUAUUCUUGCUGCAGUUGUUGGUUUGGUAGCCUUCCUUUUGGCUCUAUUGAUCAUCGUAAAAAUAAGCUCAGCCAGCAAGAAGAAAUAUGCGUUAAAAAAACAGAAACGUGAACGAGAUUACUGGGCAGAUACUGGCUCUUUUCAGAGAGCUCCUAAAGAGAAUAAACCACUCGUUUGAAAGCUAGUAUAUAUAAGUAAUAUAACGCACGCUCGGGGAUAUAUAUUAUAUUCUUAGAAAUUUACAUAGAAAUAAUGUACAGUAUCCUCACGUAGACUGUUAGUAGUUCCAGGUGCAACUGAGGAUUUUUCUCCUGGGGAGAUUAUUAAGUUGUCAGCCGUUGAUGCACUAAUAUUUUAUGAUACAAUGAUGUGUGCGUAACUAUGGGUCACCAGUAGCUAUGAUAUAAUAAAUAAUUUAAAGUGUAUAAUG